GGGCGUGGGCUGACAACGCAGCAAGCGGGCUAACACAGUCCCCUUCCUCGGUAUGAGACACAGGGCUCUUUCUGAUGGUUGAAGCCAGAGUAGUACUAGGUUAUCUUCUCUCGUAAGAUUGUCAGAUGACAGAUGAUAAUUAUUGUACAGAGUAGAGAGCUCACUGGGCUUGCAAUGCAAAGACCUAGGUUCUGUUCCCAGCUUUCCCCUUAACUUUUCAGUGACUUUGGACCAGUUUCUGUGAGCCUCAGUUUCUUGGUUUACAAAAUGUGAGCACCGUUAUCUGCCCUCUUCAGCUCUCAGAACUGUGAGGAUUUUAUGAGGUAGUAUGUGCAAGAUCUUCAUAAACUGUCUCUUGCCAUAGAGGGAGGAUCCUAAUCCUUAAAUGGGGCCAGUUCUCCAGGAGGGUGGGAGAAGGAAGUGAGAUAAAGCUUUUGGAACAUUUUGCUCUGUGAAACGUAGUUCUUUUAUUAGUACUGCUUUAAAGGUAUCUUGUAAAACAAUUCCCCAGCCCAUUAGUAUGGUGUGAAUUGUACACAAACACUACCCUUGGAUUCAGAACCGCCUGGGUUCUGGAUAUUGGGGAGAUUCAGAUACAUGGUACCUGUUUCAGAAAGCUCCAGGCUGUCAAGGAGCCAGCAAGUUAGCAGUGUAACUUAGAAGCAAACCCACGGCUACAGGAGCACAGAAAAGGGAGGACGUCCCAGUUUUCCAGAAAGCACCAUGGCCUGUUUACAAAAGCACUUAAGACAACGAUAGUCGAAAGAAUCCAGUGCCAAAAAGCCCACGCUUUAAGGAUAGACUGAGUUUGAAUUCUGGCUCCACCACUUACUCCUGUGUGACGCUGGAGGCUUCCUUAACCUGUCUGUGCCUUGGUUUCGUCAUGUACAAAAUGGACAUCACAAUAGAACCUGUCUCAUAAUUUUGAGAGCUCUGCACUCAAAACAUAUUUUUAUCAUUUGAUUUUUAAGGGCUUACUUUAAAAUUCCCCCUUGUGGAAUGUAGAUUGGUGUUUAUAACUAAAAUUCCUGCAUUUCUAGAGGUGGAAUCCUGACACAACAGUUUUCCUAUUUAUUUAUAAUAUAGUGAAAACACUUUCAUAGGUUUAUAUUGUAAAACUGCUUUACAGAAAAGUAGUUACGCAGGUCAUACAGUUGUGCAAUAUACUUGUUUGUCAGAUUACCUUUUAUCCUUGGAAACAGGAUUGCAGAAGUAGCAUCAGUAAACAUUAGGUAACCACCAGCUAGAAUUGGUUAAUGUACAGAUCUUGUGAAAUUAAUAGUAAGUGGUUCAAGACAUUGUGUCAUGCUUUGUGAUUCUCCUAUGCUUUCACGUAAACCCUCUCUCAGCCCUUCAGCCCCCCGGUGUGGAAGGCAGGCAGUUGGCAGGCGUAAGCUGCUCUCAGCCUCGGUUUCUGCUCUGAGGCUUGAGGAGGGUCCCAGGACAAGUGUGCCCAGAGCUGGCGCCAGGACCCUUCCUCUGGCUUUGGUCCCCUGGUGGUUCCGGUGGAUCCUAACAAAACGCUUCUAAAGGCUCAGGCAGCUGCCGUCAUCAGGGGAAACAUCAUGUGGAGGAGAAUUUCUGAAUGAACAAGGAGCUUUCAUUGUUGAGGUUCCUCAGUGCUGAACUAACAAGAGGGUACUUCCUUGAACAUAAUGAGGCCAAGUACACAGAAAGAAGAGAAAGAGUGUACACUUGUAUGCGAAUACCAAGAGAAUUGGAAAAGCUCAUGGUUUUUGGGAUCUUCCUGUGCCUGGAUGCGUUUCUGUAUGUGUUCACGCUGCUUCCUUUAAGAGUGUUCCUGGCACUGUUCAGGCUCUUCACUCUGCCUUGUUAUGGCCUAAGGGACAGGCGUUUGCUGCAGCCAGCCCAGGUGUGUGACAUUUUGAAGGGUGUCAUUCUGGUCAUCUGCUACUUUAUGAUGCACUAUGUCGACUACUCCAUGAUGUACCACCUGAUCAGGGGGCAGUCGGUCAUCAAGCUCUACAUCAUCUACAACAUGCUCGAGGUAGCAGAUCGUCUGUUUUCAUCAUUCGGUCAAGAUAUAUUAGAUGCUCUCUAUUGGACGGCAACAGAGCCCAAAGAAAGAAAAAGAGCUCACAUUGGGGUGAUUCCUCACUUUCUCAUGGCUGUUCUCUACGUCUUUUUGCAUGCAAUUCUUAUAAUGGUUCAAGCAACAACUCUCAACGUAGCGUUUAACUCACACAACAAGUCCUUGCUCACUAUCAUGAUGUCUAAUAAUUUUGUUGAAAUUAAAGGAAGUGUUUUCAAGAAGUUUGAGAAGAACAAUCUUUUUCAAAUGUCAAAUAGCGAUAUUAAAGAGCGAUUCACAAAUUAUGUGCUUUUGCUAAUAGUGUGUCUACGGAACAUGGAACAGUUUUCUUGGAAUCCAGAUCAUCUCUGGGUGUUAUUUCCAGAUGUCUGUAUGGUGAUUGCAUCAGAAAUUGCUGUGGAUAUUGUAAAACAUGCCUUUAUCACUAAGUUCAACGACAUUACUGCAGAUGUCUACAGUGAAUAUAGAGCCAGCCUUGCUUUUGACCUUGUUAGUAGUCGACAGAAAAAUGCGUACACUGAUUACAGCGACUCCGUGGCACGGAGGAUGGGGUUCAUUCCUCUCCCACUAGCUGUUUUACUCAUCAGAGUUGUAACAAGCUCAAUUAAAGUUCAAGGAAUCCUGUCUUAUGCCUGUGUCAUACUCUUCUAUUUUGGGUUGAUAUCCCUGAAAGUACUGAAUAGCAUUGUGCUGCUGGGAAAAUCAUGCCAAUAUGUGAAGGAGGCCAAAAUGGAAGAGAAGCUGUUUGACCCUCCCCCCUCCAGCACUCCCUGCAAGCCGUCCAGUAAACCACAGAGCAAGUGCAAACCCUCCCAAGAAGAAACCCUGUCUGCCUCUGUCACCAACCAGCCUAGCCAUCAGAAGGAAAAUGUCAUACCGUUACUUGUGACAAGUAAUUCUGACCAGUUCCUGACAACUCCAGACGGUGAAGAGAAGGACAUAACGCAGGAAAACUCUGAACUGAAGCACAGGUCCUCAAAGAAAGAUCUGUUGGACAUAGACAGGUUCACAAUUUGCGGAAACCGAAUUGACUGAAUUCUGUGGCUUCCUGUGCCAAGCGCCGAGGCCUGGGGCAGCCACAGUGCUGCCAGGGUGGACAGAUGCGAAACGUGGCACUUAUAUAUUUAUUUAAAACUUAAAUUAUUAACAGAAAGCAAAUCUGAGUAGCUUUCUUCCAAUAAUGUGGCCUGGCUGAAGGUCAGGUCAUGGAACAGCAGUGACCUCCAGCCUGGAUGGCGUGGGGAGCCCCUCUUCCCCCGAGAAGCAGCAGUCACUCUGGCCCGAUGGGAACAACCUCGAAUCACUUCAGCUUGGUCCGUCUGUGCUUCCAGAACAUCGGCUUUGGCCGCCGGCCUCUGCAGUGUAAGGGGAUCUACCUGGGAAACGGAAGCUUUCCCCACAACGUUACCUGCCCUGUCCCAUACUAGUUCCACAGACAGUUUCAAACUGCUUCAUCUGCCAAAGCAUUUAAAGAAGUAAUUACACUUAAGUCAAGAUAAAUAUUCUCACCACAGAAUAAUCCUGGAAGAUGUAUCUGAAUUAAUCAGAAUAAAAGGCUACCUUAAAUAAGACAUGAUGAAUAGUAGCAUUUUAUAGGGGAAAACAAGCCCGAAGCCAUUUUGUCUAUUUAAAAAAUAUUAAUUAAUGAAGGUUAUGCAUCACUGAGAAUAUGUUUAUAAUUUUUCAGUUUACUCGUUAAAGCAAAAUGUGAGCCGUGUAUUGUUUAAUUGCAGUGGGUGAAAUAGAAAUUACCUUACAAAGACGUACUUUUUAUACUGAAAAAAGCAGAGCAGGGUUAACUUUAAUGUACAGAUAACUGAUUACACUUUAAAACUAAUUGCUUUAUCAAUUGUUACAGUUAAAAGGAUUUGGUGUUGAAUCGGCUACAGAAUUGUACUCAAUUCAAAGGUGUCAACCUGUAACUGAGAUUUUUAAGUGACAAUUUUAAAGUAAAUAAGUGGAUUGAGCAGUCGUCUUGCUCAGGCUUAUAAAGUGCAUUAGCCUUUCUGUCUGGAGUGCCUGUGCCUGUGCCUGGGGCUGGCCUGUGUCCUAUGGGAGCGUCUGUGUGGGGAUGGCACUACCUGGUGUGCCUGCGCUAGGGGAGGAAGCCAGUGAGGGGUGUGGGUGGCUGACUGGGAGUGGGGACGAGUUUGUGUGUAGAUGUUGGGAACAGCAACCAAAAGGUGCUUUUUGGUUGGUCGAGGUCAAGAUUCCAUGUCUGCUUGCUUAUUAGUUUGUGGCCUGCCUCAUAAGACAAGCUGUUUCCCACUACAUUUUAGCUUGAGAACCCUUCCUGCAUCUUUAUAAAAAUUCUGCAGCCUCCAAUUUCAGAGUGUCCAGGUGUCACUGUUCUUUCCUUUGACCUUUUCAUUCUGAAGUUCGGCUCCUGUGCUGCUAUUUCAGGCACAUGAUGUGCAGAGGUAAAUUUUAGGGGAUUUGUUUCCUGGGUGAAACGUAAAGCUAGCUUGAAUUCUUUGGCUUUUCAUGUGACAUACAAGUGAAUUUUAAUGUUUUGCAUUAAGUGAAGAAAUCUGAAGGUUAAUGCUCACAUGGGAUAAAAGGAAACUGUACAGAAAUGCUUUUGUGAGACCGCGAAGUACUUCGCGUUAAAAAUGAAAAGACUUCUAAGUUGCUUUGUGUGUGUUUCAAUGAAGCACCAUUUUAGAAUUACUUUUUGUUCUCAUCUUCUCUUUUCCACCAAAAAGAACAAUGUCCACAAUGAAUAAGAAUAGUUUUGGGGAAAACUUUGCCAAACAGAGCCCUAAUCGGAGCAAGAAUACGGCAGGGGUGUAUCUUUCACUUCAGCUCGAAUUAUUCUGUGACUGUGCUGUCAAUUCCAUAAGAUUUUAAUUUCCUUUGCAGGAUAUAUUGGGAGUUCGGAAUGAUGUUCAUUUCUUCUGUCAAAAUGGCAUUCAGUACUAAUUUUAUAAGUGCAUCUUGUGUGAAACUCAAUAAAUUCAAUUUUGUAAUCUUUUUUAAAAA